GUUGGGAGUUGCCGGUUGUGGGGUACCGGGCAGGACAGAAACCCCAACAAGCCGGCCCUCAUGUUACAUCCAGUGGUUCCUUUACAGUUGGAAGGGAAAGGACCUGACUACAUCGGGCUGUUGGUGGUUUCUGCUCCUUCUGACUGUUCCCAGCUCUCAAACUGAGUGCAUUGAAACAGUAACCAAAGAAGAUGCUUGGGUAAUGUUUCCUGUAGGGUUGUAGAAAGGUGAGCCUGUAAUGUCCUGGUUAUUUUUCCUCUCUGUGCGAAUGAUUUGUUGUUGUUGCUGCUGAGGUGGUCAGCAACUCCUUGUGUAUUGAUGUAGGAUGUCCUUCUGUACACUCUGAGUGUGUGUUGCUUUUAUUGGUUGAUGAAUAAAGCUGUUUUGGCCUAUAGCAGGGCAGAAUAUUGCUAGGAGGAGAAAGCCAGCAGCUGCCAGAGAAGUAAGAUGCCAGAGCACCGGUAAGCCAUGGGCCACAUGCGAUACAAAUAUUAAUAGGAAUUGAUUAAUUUAAUUGUAAGAACUAGCCAGUAAUAAGCCUGAACCUUCAGCCUAACAAUUAUAAUUAAUAUUACCCCUCUGAGUGAUUAUUCUAUAAGUGGUUGCAGGACAAUAGAAAAGCCUCUGGCUACAGUGUAUCACAUUUAUUUAUUGGGGUGCAUGUGUGCCACAACAUCCUGUGGAGGUCAGAGGACAACUUGAGGUUGUCAAGGCUUGGCAGCAAGUGCCUUACCUGCUGGGCCAUCUCACCAACCGCACACCAUUGCAUUUCUUCAGCUGGAAGCUGAGCUUUGCUCAGCAGGAGAUUAACUGUGUUCCACCAGCUGCUGUGCUAGAGCAAAACAGCAAUCCUGGGACUGGGCCUUCUACUUCUGGAUGACCCCAAGGUCUAGAAGGAUGAAGUGGAGCCAGCAGUAGAAUUCGGGAAGUCCCAAGUUGCAGGCCUGCUGGAACAGGUCUGUCUGGUUAUGAGCCGGGGACUAGUGGCUGGCCUGCCUAUCAGGAGAGACUAUUGCUCUCUGCCCAUUGAGACAACGCAGGGGUCUCGAUGGGGCUGGAGACUCAAUCCCAGACCCAGAGAAGCCCUGGAUCUGCUGCAGUGGGCAGCUACUGUGCCCCAGAGUCAGGUUAAUUGAAGUGACUGGAGAGAGAGUGGGGAGGGGUUAGGGGCAGGGCUGACUUACUGGACUUUCCUUCCCUCCCUUUUUGCUCCCUUUGCUCCCUCCCUUCGUUGCUGGAGGAGCCAACUUCAAACGCCUCUCCACCUGCCCCCCCGACUCUCACCAGGGAGGCCCCAUCAGUCGAUAGAGGACCUGGUGUGACUGCUAGUUGCCUAUUUCGUUGGCAGCCCAAAGACCCAGAGGACCCCAGGAUCAUGUGUGUGGCCUGCUAGAGGGAAUAAGAGAAAGCCAUCCUGAGAGGCCUAUGGUGCCCCUCAAACCCGCUCUCUACUUACUACCAAUGCUGCUGGCAUUUCUUGAGUCGACUCUAGGCUGGGCCGGGUCCCAGUCCUGCAGUGUCCAAGAGGUACUCCGUCACUACCAGGCUGUCAUCUUCCAGGACUUGCAGGCUGCCAUGCAAUGGGCUGGGACAAGAGCCCAGCAUACAGAGCCUGGGUCCCGGCACCACCACUUCAUUCGGAGAAACCUGACUGGAGCUGGUGGAGGUCAGGGACAGCCAGGGGCCUCCUGUGGAGCCCAGAAGGAGCGUAGCAUCCUACUGUCUAUUGAGUCUCUGGGUCAGACCCUUCUUGGGAGCGUGGCUGGAGUUCCCCACAAUGCGUUAGAGAAAGCGGCAUGGACAGUAGCGGUGCGCACCAAGGCAGUGAUGCACAGACACUGCCGGACAUCCAGCAGGCAGAUCCUGCAGCCCAAGAGGCGUCCAGAACAGCAGCGUCCCAGCCGGAGGAGGCUCCUGCUCCGUGCCCUGUAUGCUGUCGCCACCUGCUGGGAGAAGCUCUUUUCGCUGAGUGCCAUGGCCACCAGAGAAUUCUAGCGCUGCCCCUGUUCUUACACCCGCAUCUCAGAGAAGACUGGAAGCAAGCUUUGGUUCAUGUUUUGACAGCGCCCCCUCUUUCAUCUCAGACUGCCUGCACUCAAAGGCCCAGGAUGUGGAGAAGAGACCACCCUCCUUCGUGGCUAUUCUUCACAUACCCAGUGAGGCCCCAAUAAAUGGAGCUAGUGGUGUAGCCUCA